GAGGGACCAGCGCGUCUCUGGCGAGUGACGAUCGAUCGAGAGAAAGAGAGCGGGAGUUACGAACAAUCUUGCCUUUGCGAGGGUGAGCGAGAUCACCACAACGUUUAGACUCGGCGGCUGGUCCUUGGCUCGUCGAGUUUUGUGUUGAGCGGAGUAGCACUAAAAGAUUGAAUCAUCUGUGUUUGUUCGUAGACACAUGAUCACAAGUUAUCUGUGACUAGAAUGACUAGAUUUUUGUUGUACCGUUGCACGAGCGGCGCAGGUCUGUGUGUCUAGGUUGGGCUGGCGAGGCUUCGGUAGUGAUCUCUCAUCAGAUCGUCGGAAGGAUCUGUGAUAGCGAGGAGGCCGGAAGCAUGAGAGAUCCUGGAGUGGAUUUACAACGGAGUUGCUGGGCAGCGCCACGCUGUAGAUUUUUGCUACUGUCCUACACUUGGCCAGCUUGUUGCGUUCACAAAUCAGCGCAGGAAUUUCGUAUCGACUACAAAACAGUGUAGCUUGGGCUGGGUCUCUCUGCGGAAAGUCGGCGACUGAGAGUGUCCGAAGCCUUGGCGUCUCAGCUGCGGCAUCGCGGGAAGAAAAUAGCUAAGCAGGGAUGGGUAGGGUCAAGUUAGAGAUUAAGAAGAUUGAGAAUCCUACCAACAGGCAAGUGACGUACUCGAAGCGGCGCAAUGGUCUCAUCAAAAAAGCCUACGAGUUGUCAGUGCUUUGUGACAUUGACGUCGCACUCAUCAUGUUUUCUCCCUCCGGAAAGCUCACACAAUAUAGUAAUUGCAGCAUUGAGGACGUUAUCACUCGGUUCGCUAACCUGCCAAUGCAUGAGCGAAACAAAAGUUUUGAGGAUAUGCUCACGCGCUUCGCAAAUUAUCACAUGAUUCACGAUCGUAGCAAGUAUACUAGAAAACCUGAAAAUCUGGAGUAUCUACACAGGGCGCUGAAAAAGUUAAAUGGAGAAAAGGAUCUCGCAGCAAAUCAUCAACUCCUCACCGGAAAUAAGAGCUACGAAGUCGGAUUAUUACAAGAGGAGUUAAAGAAAUCUCAACAGGAAAAGGAACUGGUGCAACAAAGGGCAAGGUUGUAUUUGGCGGAUGAGCACCUUUUACAGAACAUCACUUCUGUCCAACAGCUUGCGAAUAUGGAAACUGAGUUGGAGCAGGCACUUGAACGCGUGCGUGCUAGGAAGAGUUACGUGAGCAGUGCAUAUCAAGCUGCGAGUGCAAUUCACCGACAGCAACAUGAGUUUCUGGGCAACAGUUACCAACAGAUGGUUGCACUACGCCAGCAACAGCAACAGCAGCAGCAGCAGCAGCAGCAGCAUCAUCACCAGCACCAGGCAGGUAUUGCAGGAACGCCAUCGCCAUUCUUGCAAUGGAAUAUGCCUGAGCGGAACGAAGCCACGCUGCAGGAUUUCAUGGAGCAACAAUCUAACCCUAGUCAGGCAAUCGUGCCUGCGCAGAUGACAAGGGAAUUAGUUGUAGGCAACGGUGAAGCGAGCCCAACGGGCAACCAUUUCUUUCCAGGUGCAGCAUCCCAGUCGAAUCUACACAACCUGGGGCAGAUAGGCCAUCUUGUGGGAUCGAACAGGGGCUUGUCGAUACACGAUAUGGCAUUAGAGCAGCCUGGUGGUCAGUUCGAAGACUCGCAGAAGAAAGCUAAGCUAGAAGCUACGAUGGGUUUUGCGUCGUCAAGCAGCAGUGGAGCAGCUGCAGAAGGAACUGCUGAAACUUUCACCAACCAAUCUGAGCAGGCGCAUGGAAGUACCGGCGCUUCCAACUGGCAUCAGGCUCACCAUCAUGCGCAGGCAUACACCAAUUCCCAGUAUCCAAAUGGAUUCUUCAAUCAGGUGUGAGUGCAGAUGCGUGGAAAUGAAUCAUACCAGUGAGUUUAUUGCAUUUAAAGGAGCUAGGUCAAGUUAGGGUUGAAGGGCAGGAGGUCAUCCAGAGGCAAUUCUUGAGCACAUGUGAGCCUUUUGCUGUUGGAGAUAGAUAAUUCCAUCUCUUCCGAGGAGGGAGGAUUGGUGCGUUUGAAGCAGCUCAUGCGGAACUGUUCCUGCAGCACACCCCAAACCUUAAAAACCUUGGUAGUGUCGAUAGCUCCAAACUAGCUCAAGCUACCUUUGGUAUGGUAAGAAAUUCGGUAACGCUAAUGCGAUUCAAAGGUGAGGUUUGGUUCACAUGGUUGCGUAGGUACAGUGUGGCGGUCCAUGUCUGUUUCUAGAUUGUAGUCGAUUCAUCUGAAGACGUUUCACGUCAUUUCAUUGUAGGUUUACCUUAUUUACAUUUGAUCCCAGGCAGAGCAUUUUGCCAGUCUAACUACGAAAGAUUUCGCACAUGAAAGUGUUAUAUACUUCAGGAAGUUGUGAGUCCAUCUUGUUUGUACCACAGCUUCACAGCUCAACAUAGUUCAUUUUGGGUACAACAACCUUCAAGAAUCA